AUGUUCUAUGAUCUGGAGAUCUCCAACUUCAGCACUAACUGGAGCACAGGUGAGGAGGAUGCUGAGGGGGAGGAAGGUGCGCUGUCUGCGCUGGGCUGGGGCUGGAGCGACGCCCCCGAGCAGAGGCUGACCCGCACCGGGCACAGCGUGGUGGCCGUCAUCCUGGGCUUCAUCAUGGUGUUCGGCUUCCUGAAUAACGUGGUGGUGCUGGUGCUGUUCUGCAGGUUUAAGACGCUGCGCACCCCCGUUAACCUGCUGCUGCUCAAUAUCAGCGUCAGCGACAUGCUGGUGUGCGUGUGCGGGACCUCGCUCAGCUUCGCCGCCAGCGUUCACGGCCGCUGGCUGGUCGGCCGGAGGGGCUGCAUGUGGUACGGAUUCGUCAACUCCUGCUUCGGAAUCGUAUCUCUGAUCUCUCUGGUGGUUCUAUCGUAUGAGAGAUACAGCACUUUAACGGUUUAUAAUAAACAGGCCCCGGACUACAGGAAGCCCCUGCUGGCGGUCGGGGGCUCCUGGCUGUAUUCGCUGCUGUGGACAGUGCCCCCCCUGCUGGGCUGGAGUAGUUAUGGGCUGGAAGGGGCAGGAACCAGCUGUUCCGUUACCUGGACGUCCAAAACCCUGCAGUCCCAUUCCUACAUCAUCUGCCUCUUCAUCUUCUGCCUCGGGAUCCCAGUACUGAUCAUGAUGUACUGCUACAGCCGGCUGCUCUGUGCCGUAAAACAGGUUGGGCGCUUCAGGAAGACGGCGGCGCGGAGGCGGGAGUACCACAUCCUCUUCAUGGUCGUCACCACGGUGGUGUGCUAUCUGGUGUGCUGGAUGCCGUACGGUGUGGUUGCCAUGACGGCAACCUUCGGCCGACCGGGGCUGAUCACCCCGGUGGUUAGCGUGGUGCCGUCACUACUGGCCAAGAGCAGCACCGUCUUCAACCCCAUCAUUUACAUCCUCAUGAACAAACAGUUCUACAGGUGUUUCCUGAUCCUGUUUCACUGUAAACACAGUUCACACCUGAACGGUCACUCCAUGCCCUCCAGAACUACCGUCAUCCAGCUGAACCGGCGGCUCUGCAGCAACACGGUAACCGGAAACAUCCCCACCUCCCUCAGACUGAACACCGAGAUCAGCACCCCCGUCUCCGACCGGACCCACCCCCCCCAGAUCACUCCCUGA